AUGGCAGCCCUCGUCCUCACGAGAGCCAUGGAGGUGUCUAGCAGAGUCUUUGCGUAUAACAUCCUACAAGUCUCCGUGAGGGGAUGGCCGCUGCUGCGUUUCGGUAGCCUGGUAGCAGUAGGCCUGGUGCUGGUGUCAGCCCGACUCCUCUUCCCCGAUGCCUCCCUGGCAGAUGUGGCAGCGUCCACCAUCGCCCAUCCGGGGCAGAUCUUGGAGCCCAGCUCGCUGCUGCCUCUUCAGCAUUCGCUCUGCCUCCACGGCUUUCUGGUCGCGGCUGCUGGUGGAUCCCAGCUCCUGGUACAUACCAGCGCAGCUCCAGAUGCAUCGAAGAUGCUGCCCAGCGCGCUGCUGAUUGCCUGGCUGGCCGUGAGCAUCGCGAGCUGGGCGGCGCUCGUGUUGCUCCGCAUGCGCGGCACAUAUGUGGACCAGCCACGCUUUGUCGCCUUGGCAUCAGCAGGCGACCGCUCGAUCCCGUUCUCGACCUUGGCACCGGCCUUCGGCAGCUCGGGCCAGGUUCCCAAGGCCAUCUUCGAGGCGAUGAAAGCGAAGCACGUGGUGAAGUUGGACACGAAAGCUGCGGUGCAGGGGCUCGACGAGAAGACUCUGCGCUUGAUCCUAAACUCUGGAGUGGACGUCCAGCUUGGGCCCAUCGCCCUGGAAAACAGCGGCCUCGGCCUGGUUGGUCUCGUUGAGUGCCUUGCCGCCUCAGCUCCGGAGUCCCUGCAGCUUCGCAGCUUUCGCGGCUUUGCGGGCGUCCCCUGGCAGCUCCUUGGCGGCGCUGAAUGGCCACAGUGUUUCGAAGAGCACGGCGAUGGAGCUGCCGAGCUGCUCGGGGCCUUGGCCCGCUGCCGGGAGCUACAGGAGCGACACUGCACGCUAUAA